AUGAAGCUAUUGCUUUUUGCUGUAUUAAUCUCUUUCUCAGUGAGCGAAUUUUUAGACGAUCCAGAUUAUCGACCGGCUUUUCUUCAUAGGACUAGGGGUGCUUUCAUUGAAAAACAUCGAAUCGGUGUUCAACUCCCACAAAGCGAGUCACAAGAAGAAGGGAAAAAUGAGAAUGAAGGGGAGGGAAAGCCAUUGAGUCGAUCACGAAGAGACACAUCUGAUGAAGUGAAUGAUGGACCUGGGGGAGCCUUUGAGGUGAAAGAUUCAACGGAUGGUCAAGAAGGAGACGAUUCUCUCGUUGAAUUGGGUGAUGGUCGAUAUGGAGACUCGGAUGGACAAGGAAAGGAAAGAAGCGGGCGAUUUAGGAGAAUGCUCUUAGCUGAUAGCCAAGAAUCACGCCGUUUCCCAGCUCGUCGUCCAUUCGGCAUCAAGAAUCAUUGCAAGAUUGAUAAGAAGGGAAAAAGGAAAUGUUUUUUACGAGAUCCAGAUGAUCAAUCAAUGAAAUCGACAUUCAACUUGAAAAUGAUCAAGAAUUUGAUGAAAAGACAAGAAGAUGUGGAUGAAAAGAGCGAUCUGGCCAUUAAACGCCGAAGGACAUUUCGUCGAAGGUGUCAAAUUGAAGGGAUAAAUGGAAGACGACGUUGUUUCCCCCGACCAGAGCGCCAGCUAGAGAGCCCGAAGAAAGAAAACCGUGAACACCGCAAAAGAAACCCUGAUGGACAGCUU